AUGAUGAGUUAAGAAAAAUAAAAAGAAUAUUUUAAAAUAAAGACCUUAAUAAAUUAUAUAGUUUCCUAUUUAAAUAAAGAUGAAGAACUUCUUUAAAAGAAGCGAAUUUUUAUACUAGAAGACGAAUAAUUUAGUGAGAAAAAAGACGUUUAUUUAAACAUAUUUAACAUGUUAAUAAAAAAGUUCCAGAAAUUGAAAAAAACAAAAGAAGAAAUGACAAAGUUUUGUAUGAGAAAGGCUUUUAGAUAUCUUUUUUCUCAGCUUAAAAUUCGAUGUAAUUCAAAAAUGAAUUUUAAGGAAGCUAAUGAAAUUUGCAUGAAUCAUUAUUUUAAAUAACAUGUAAAUGAUUCUUAAUUUGUUUUACCUUUUAGAAAAAAUAGCUCAAUUAAAACUAUGAAUACAACAUUUUUAAAAAAGGUAUUUUCUUCGAAAAAAUUUGUAUAGGAUUAUUGUUGUUUUUUAAAUUAUUUUGAUUAACUUGCUGUAGAAGAUAAUUAAAAAAAAAUUGAUUUAUUAGCUUAUUAUGUACUUCCUUUAGUUGAAGAUUAGAAAUAUGAAAAAAUAGAAAACUUAAGAAGAUUACCUUGGACUAUGUGUUUGUUAGAUUCUACAAAAAAACUUUCAUUUUAACUACUUGAAUUAUCGGAUAAAUAAUAUUAAUAAUAUUUACAAAGUUAUAAUUUUAGUACAAAUGAUUAAAAAAAUAAUAUAAAUUUAUAAAUAAACAAUAAUAAUAAUAAUACAUAAUAAUCUUUAUAAACACUUUCACCAAGAUAAUCAUUUUCUAAUAAUUAAAUGAUUAAAGAUAAUAUUAAAGACAUAAAUAUAGAAAAAAAUGUAAACAAUAAUAAAAACCAUUAUAAAGAUUAUGGCGAAAAAAACAAUAUUAAUGACAAAAAUGAAAAUAAUUAUGAUAAUAAUAAAAAUAAUAAUAAUAAUAAUAAUAAUAAUAAUAAUAAUAAUAAUUAUAAUAAUAUUAUAAAUAACAAUAGUAAUUUUGUUUAUUUAAAUAAAAAUGAAAAUUCUAAUUGCUCUAAUUUAUAAAGAAAAAUAAUUUUUAUUAUUCCUCCUAAAUACGAAUUACUUUAAAAAAAAGUUUGUUUUAAUUUUUGA